AUGCGCGGAACGUGAAGCGCCGCUCUGAGGAAUAAAUAAGGGCAGGGAAACCGAGCCGCAAUGGGACAACUCUCGUCUCGGUCCAAUUCUGCCUAAAAAUACCCCGAAAUGGCGUUUAUCCUUGACGGGGUGUCGUCGGAAGGUUUUUAGAGGGCUUUGCGGGCGCGUCUGUCUACCGAAAGGGACCGAGAAAGUUUAGAAGGAAACGAACUUCAGAGACGGUCAUGGAGGAUUUCGGUUCGGCGCUGGAGAAGAACGUGGCGGAUCUGACCGUGAUGGACGUCUACGACAUCGCCGCGGUCGUGGGCCAGGAGUUCGAGCGCAUUAUCGACCAGUACGGAUGCGAGGCUCUGUCCCGCCUCAUGCCCAAAGUGGUCCGCGUGCUGGAGAUCCUGGAGGUCCUGGUGAGCCGCAGCAGCAUCAGUCCGGAGACCGAGGAGCUGCGCCUGGAGCUGGACCGGCUGCGGCUGGAGCGGAUGGACCGGCUGGAGAAGGAGAGGAAACACAAGAAGGAGCUGGAGCUUGUGGAGGAUGUGUGGAGAGGAGAAGCCCAGGAUCUGCUCUCCCAGAUCGCACAGCUGCAGGAGGAAAACAAAACGCUGCUCAACAACCUGUCCGUCAAAGAGUGUCCGAUGACGGAAGAGGAUAUACAGAAACAGGAAGGCAUGACCGAGCGGGAACGGCAAGUGAUGAAGAAGCUGAAGGAAGUUGUAGAUAAACAGCGAGACGAAAUCCGCGCCAAAGAUCGCGAGCUGACGCUCAAAAACGAGGACGUUGAAGCGCUCCAGCAGCAGCUGAACCGGCUGAUGAAGAUCAACCAUGACCUGAGGCAUAAGAUCACGGUGGUGGAGGCCCAGGGUAAAGCGCUGAUCGAGCAGAAGGUGGAGCUGGAGGCCUCUGGUCAGGCACGGCAGCAGGAGCUGGGUAACCUGCGACAGGAAGUGACCCGUCUUAAGGAGCGGCUUAAAGACCAAGGCAAGAUCAAUGCUGAGACGGAGGAGCCUGUAGGACCCCCUUCACCUGCACAGUCGUCUAAAGCGGCCCCUUCCUGGGGUCAGGAUUUAGCUUCUGAGCUCCUCGCUGGGGGCCUGGAGAUAGAAGAAGGUCCCCUCCGUUUCAUCCCCCACACCGGGGCCCCAGGAGCCCUAACAGAUGACGGUGAGGAGGAGGAGGAGAAGGACGAUGAAGAGGCUGCGUUUUUAUGGGAGGCGCUGUGUGACGAAGACAUGUCCUCUAUAGAUCCGAAAGACCCAAACCGCCCGCGGUUUACCCUGCAAGAGCUGCGUGACGUCCUGCACGAGCGCAAUGAGCUGAAAGCUAAAGUCUUCAUGCUGCAAGAGGAAAUCGCAUAUUACAAAAGUGACGAACAGGAAGAGGAAACAGGCCCACCGCUCCCAGACCCCUCUCCUGUCCUUCGGCCAAGCUCACGCUCCAACUUUCAGCCUGAGUCGGGGAUAAAACGACUGUUUAGCUUCUUUUCCCGCGACAAAAACCGAGGCUCCCAGAGGAGGAUGCCACCGAUGGGGGACGGCUUCGGCUCGUGGGCCGGGAAAGAUGACGUGUACACAGAACAGGCCCAGGAGGCGUUACAGCACAUGUAACCAACACGCCGCUCCACUAACCGCUAACCUGCACCAUGUGACCGUAUGCCACGUUUACGCUCCCUUUCAUGGUCGCUUUCACAGCACAACGUCUGCAAGCAGACGAUACAGAGCUCACAAAGGGAACACGGGGGGACGGGGCCCGUUUAGAGUUACUGACAGAUUGCGGCCCUCACCUUCGCCCAAAGAUAACUGCGAGGGAGUUUUUAUGUGCCUAUUUCGUUAGAUAGUUAGACAUGUUAUUGCUUUUGCAAACGACAAGUUACUGUAAGUAGAUGACGUGGACGAGCAGACGUUUAAAGAGAAGAUGCCUUCAGUAGAUGAGAUACAUAUCUAUUUUUAAUUCAAAUUGAAUUAUGAGUGAAAAUAUGCACAUGGUUAAAAAAAAAAGAUAUUUAGAUUUUUAGUUGCUACACCCAGGCCAGAGAUGGUCUGAAAAGGAUAGCGGCAUUAUCUGUUGGAAUUAUUAUGUUUAUAACUUUUUUUGGAAAUUGCACCGUAGCCUGAUUCUUUUGGCACACCGAUUUUUUUUAAAAAGAAUAUCAAAGUAUUCGUUCUGUUGACAUGCAUCACAGAAAAUCAUUUUAACUAGUCCCUCGGGUUUGUAACAACAAACAGACAUGUAUAUGCAGCAAUGCGCUUGAUAUGGAGGCGUAUGGGGCAGAACAAAAAGAGCAGAGAAAAAAAACCCUUCUAUUAAUUCCCAUGUGUUUUGUAGGAAGAGAAAAACAGCAAUAUUGUGAAAACGCUAGUAUAAUUUAAAAUUACGAAUAAACUCUUUUACAUUUUCAAAUGUAAUUCAUUCGUAUGAUCAAAGCUGAGUUUUCAGCAUCGUUACUGCGGUCUUCUGUGUCACGUGAUCCGUCAGAAAUCAUUCUGAUUGGCUGUUCAAGAAACACUUCUUGUUGUGGAACACAUUUUGCUUCAAAACUUUUUUUUUCGCGCAAAAUAUAGUACUUUUAAAUAAUAGAAGCAAAGAUUCUUUUAAACAAAAUCAAUAUAAAAGCAAAAUUGACCCUAAAACUUAUUUUUUACGUGUGUACUUGAACAUUUCUCUUAUUGAAAUGCCCUAUAUACUUCUGUCGUUCAUGCAUUAGCCUGUAUGAUUUAGUUUUAUUUAUUUAUUUUUCUUUUACAAACUGGCAAGUCGGAUGCAUUUUGGGUGGUAACUGACAGUCUUUAAACCCUGGAAUCACGAAACAAAGCUUUACGUGCAUCGAGUGUUACUGCAGUGCAUUAAAACAGAACGAUAUUAAUAAUCCAUAGUUCGCUAUUGGCAUCUGAAGUAUCUAUCACAUGGACAAAUGUCAUUCACCAGCGGUUUUGCAUUGCUUGAAUGGUGCUUUCACUGGCAAUAAUAGAAGGUUUGAGUGAAAGCAUGGAAAUGCGUGACUAUGUUAAAGUGUGCUGAUAAAGGCAGCUUUGUAAGCUAGAAAAAUACAUGCCUGUGGGCCUUAAAUCAAUUGUUGAACAGCUAGUACUCCACUCAACUGAGAAUGUCAUCCAGCAAAAAGAACUGGAUCAAAUGUAUCUUUAUGAAGGAUUAUGCAUAACUCAUCUCAUUGUGUAUUAAACUAUUUUAUACCAUG